CCACGAACAUUCCACCGACAUACAUCCUUGGCAACAUUCACCCACAUGACGUGGACAUAGACAGCAGAACACUCUCCUGCUAUCUACUCUGAAAACGGUGCAAGUAGAAGCGAUGGAUGACUCUCGGACAUGACCUCACCCUUCGAGCGCCUCCCCGCCGAGGUCUUCGAUAUCAUUGCAGCCUGCUUGGAUUUACCUGAAUAUCAAACACUCCGUUUGACCUCACAACGACUUCACCUGCUGAGUCUGUCAACCUUCACAAAGAAGUACUUCACGAAACUCAUCACCACACUUGGUUCGCCGUCGCUGGAUCGCCUUGGACAUGUGGCAAGUCAAACCCACUUGUCUAACCAAGUCACAACACUUGAGAUCAGACUGCUCAACCAUCGCAACUACAAGGACCUGACGAAGAUUGCCAGAAUCGGAAUCUUCCCACCGCCGAAACGCUUCGAUAAGGUGUCUUCCGUUAGGGAUCAGGACAUUGUGCUAGAAUCGACGCUGUAUGAUGAUGUGCUUGCAAAUAGGCAGGCGAAGUGUAUCACAGAGAGACUUGCUCGUGGAAUAAUAGGCCUUGAGAACUUGAAGACUGUACGCUUUCGUGCGCAUCAGAAUGAGCCGCUUGGCUGGAAGACCAUCGCAGUCCCGGAGGGAGACGAAGUCUUCCGCUCCAGAUGUCUGCGAGCCGUGCUUGACGCCAUACUAAAAAGCGGCAUCGAGCUUGAAUCUUUCAUUAUGGGGAAAGAGAAGGGUUUCGUCUUCAGCAAGUGCGCGAACGUGCCGUAUCCGGCAUUGCAAUUGCCACUUGAGUACCUCCAGAGGUUGAGAUCACCUUUCGCGGGCUUGAGGACUCUGACGCUGUCGGUCGUUGCGGCGCACAACGGCCACCACAGACUCCCAGGAUGGGAGAACGGCUUGAGUCGCUUCAUCAGCAGCGCUCCAAAUCUGACGCACCUGACAUUGUCGCUGGAUCGCAAGACCCAGAUCUCUCAGUACGGAGCACGAAUUAUGCGCUCUUUAUCUGACUCUAUCCAGCUCGAGACACUCGAGAGCCUGCACGUAUGCAACCUCACGGUCCACGAAUCCGAUCUAGCGAAAUUCAUCAAGACGCAUGCUGGAACACUGCAACGGAUAAACCUUACCAACGCGUGUCUGUUGACGGGGAACUGGCUUGUUCUACUCACUACGUUCAAAGCGGUCCAGAAUCUGCAGACGCUUCGGCUGUCUUCCGUCGAGGGAGCGGGCAGCCCGGUGCAGUUCCGGCAGCGCGAUAAAGAGCGUCGGAAGGUUACUCUAGAUACGAGCAAAGAUGGGCGGACGAUGUUGGAGAUGUUAGAUGAGCUCAUUGGAGUUUGCAACAUGGAAAGUAUGGCGGUCCUGUAUGCGCUAAACCAUGCUUAGUAGACGUAUGAAAUAAGCGUGCGGAUCACGGUAGACGAUGUUUGGAUUCAUGCGAAAAUGCACUGCAAUUUUAUCGCAAAGGAAAAGCUCCAAGUAUGCCCGAAACAUCAGACCAGUCUUCCUUUGUCUUUCUUACGAGCAGCUAUAGUAACAAUAAUACAAAUGUGAAGGCUGACGUGGAGCUGCAUACAGAUUCGAUCUGGAACAAGGCUUCAAGUAUUGGGCUCAAGUUCUGGUCUUCUCACAUGAUGUUCUGCAUGUCCGUCGAGAGUUUUCCGCCUCACUAUUGAGUUCUCGAUGUCCAGCAGGAAGCGUUGUAGUGUGCAACGAAUGAUGAUUAUUUAUAGAUGGACAGUGGGCCAGAAUAUCGCCUGUAAUUAGAGCUCUGCUGCAAAGGCCAUCGGUCUUGAAAACAGCAAAGCAGGUCAAGUC